ACCAGUCAAUACACAUUCAUUUUAUUGAAUUUUAUCAAGAAGAUGCCUCACGAGAUUGAAAGAAGACGUUCCUCUGCCACAGGUGAUAUAAUAGAGGUGGUGGUGAGGCCAAAGAAGUAUUAUCGAGUGGGUCGAGACCAAGUCACCGAGCCGGACCGUGAUAAAAUUUUUGUCAGCAGAUACGAAAAGUUUCGAAUAUUGAAAAAUGUGAUUGUCCUCUCUCUGGCCAUGAUGACGCAGUAUGUGGCUUACCAGGGCACCCUCAACCUGCAGUCAUCGCUCAAUGCUGAAGGAGGCUUGGGUACCAUCGCGUGCUCCUCCAUCUAUUUGAGCAUGGGACUGUCCUGCCUGGUUCUUCCGACCCUUAUGAUCCGACAGCUGACCUGCAAGGGAACUCUGGUCCUGGGGAUGUUCUGCUUUCUUCCUUAUAUCGGCCUGCAACUUUAUUCAAAAUUUUAUACUUUGGUGCCGGCUGGCAUACUACUGGGCGUGGCCGCUGCCCCCAUGUGGGCUGCCCAGGCCACCUAUCUCACCCAGAUCAGUCAGAUAUAUGCCAUCAUAACCUCUUCGAGCGUGGAUGCAGUGAUAACUCUGUUCUUUGGAAUGUUUUUCUUUGCUUGGCAAAAUGCCGAUACAAUAGGUAAUUUGCUGUCCAGUUUAGCAAGGAAACUAUCGGGAACAGGAAAAAUAUGAGCAACUGGCAAAGGACCUGGCGGCUGCUAAAGGAAAUGAAAGGGAUGCCCAGCUUGCCAAGGAGCACGCCGAUUUAUAUACCGAAAGAAUCAAACAACAGGCCAAGGACUCGGAUGGUGAAGAUGACGAACUGGAACAAGAUGUGAGGGUGGAGGAAAAACCUAGGAGGAGAUUCUUUCGUUCCAAGUGAUAUGGAACCUAAAAUAUUAUUACUGCCAAGAUCCCAAAUGUAUCCAAAAAUUUUAAACUUCUCUAUUCAUUUAGUACUUCUUGAAGAUAUUUUUUUUCGAACCACGCCGGCAAGGACAACGAAGGAGCACUAUAAUUGCCACAACACACAAAAACCCGAAAAAAUCCAGUACAGGAGCGUGGGAGCUGCAAUGGCAAUUACUUGGCGUUGAUGAUGGCCCAAGAUGCUUUCGGUUUUCACUGCACUCGCAUCCUGGCAUCCAGGCAUCGGGUGAGGAGAGUGGAGUAGAGCUAUAAAAGGACAAUGCUUUGAUUGCCCUGUGGUAGAUAAAGGAGAGACACGCCAGACGCUGUUAAUGUCUGGUCAUGAGUUAAACACUUCAAUAAAACGUGAGCGUGUGUGUGAAAGGGCUCUGGCUAGGACUAUAAAACAAUUGUUUCACCAUAUUUAGUCCUUGGGCGGAAACCGAACUAUAUUACACAUACGACACGUUGGCAUAUAGAGGAAGGAUAAUUAAAACAAAAAUUAAAGCAUCAAACAAGCAAUUUGGUUUAAAUCAUAAUCAUACUUAAAGUCUCUCUAUUGAAUAGUCCUCAGGUUAAAACAAUAGCCAAUAAAUCGUAUACAUUCCGGCUGGCAACACAAAGGAGCUGAACAAAUAAGUUAGAGUG